AUGUUCCAGGGAGAUAGGGCAUCAGCGCAGCACCGUAGAGCUGGACACUCCAUGAAGCCGGCCCAGAUGGAGGCCCUGGAGGCAGCAGUCAGUGAGAAGAUUUGUGCUCAUGUCCCCGUCACUGUUCAGGUCCUCUCCUUAGACGACUUAGGCGACCCUUCAUUGGAAAAGAUGGGCAUCAUAACAUGCAUAUAGAGUAAACACUCAAACAUGCACCAGAGAAAAGACUAUCAGUAUAAUACAAUAAGUCACUACUCUGCUGCACUAUUUCUCCAUAUUUCAUGUCACUUGCCAAAGCUACAUGGUGAUGUAUUAACCCAUGAGCUGUGUAUAGGGACUACUGUACAUUUUAAACUCGUCAUUGUUGUGAAGGUGAGGAGUGGUGGUCUCCUAGACAACGCAGGAGGGCCUAUCCGGAUUAUCGACAUUAAGGGCGUUGAUGCUAACGUGUUGUGGGACCAGCCUCACUUACAGGUGACUCUCAAACUAAACACGGUAAACUUUAUCUUAAACUUUUUCUAUGUACAGUAUUAUGUUAUGUUUAUGCCAUAACUACAACACCUCCUCUACUACUUUGCCAAUGGAUUUAAUAUGUGAUACGAUAUAGCUCACCUCUUAUGUUUUUAAUGUGGCUUUAUGGAUGCAAUGCUUCUCUUACUUUUGACAGAUUGAAUCUGAUGAGGUGAUUCAAUCUGUCAAAAGUGAGAGUAGCAUUGCAUCCAUAAAGCUAUUUUAAGCCACAUUCUGUUAUUAGGUCAUAAAACUCCUGGCAACUGACGAAGGAAAGAAGAACAAAAUCAUCCUGUUAUUCCUAGUGGGCAACCAGGUCCUGAAGUAUGCUGAGAAAAGCUACAGCAGAGAACGUUCACUGGUGUCCCUCCUCAAGUGUGUCCCGCAAAGCAAUGUUCAAUGUGGCAAAAACUUAAAAUGCUAUAAAUUAUGUAGAUACAUUAUAGUGAUUUUUAAAUGUAAUACAGUGGGGGAAAAAAGUAUUUAGUCAGCCACCAAUUGUGCAAGAUCUCCCACUUAAAAAGAUGAGAGAGGCCUGUAAUUUUCAUCAUAGGUAUACGUCAACUAUGACAGAAAAUUGAGAUUUUUUUUCUCCAGAAAAUCACAUUGUAGGAUUUUUUAUGAAUUUAUUUGCAAAUUAUGGUGGAAAAUAAGUAUUUGGUCACCUACAAACAAGCAAGAUUUCUGGCUCUCACAGACUUGUAACUUCUUCUUUAAGAGGCUCCUCUGUCCUCCACUCGUUACCUGUAUUAAUGGCACCUGUUUGAACUUGUUAUCAGUAUAAAAGACACCUGUCCACAACCUCAAACAGUCACACUCCAAACUCCACUAUGGCCAAGACCAAAGAGCUGUCAAAGGACACCAGAAACAAAAUUGUAGACCUGCACCAGGCUGGGAAGACUGAAUCUGCAAUAGGUAAGCAGCUUGGUUUGAAGAAAUCAACUGUGGGAGCAAUUAUUAGGAAAUGGAAGACAUACAAGACCAUUGAUAAUCUCCCUCGAUCUGGGGCUCCACGCAAGAUCUCACCCAGUGGGGUCAAAAUGAUCACAAGAACGGUGAGCAAAAAUCCCAGAACCACACGGGGGGACCUAGUGAAUGACCUGCAGAGAGCUGGGACCAAAGUAACAAAGCCUACCAUCAGUAACACACUACGCCGCCAAGGACUCAAAUCCUGCAGUGCCAGACGUGUCCCCCUGCUUAAGCCAGUACAUGUCCAGGCCUGUCUGAAGUUUGCUAGAGUGCAUUUGGAUGAUCCAAAAGGGGAUUGGGAGAAUGUCAUAUGGUCAGAUGAAACCAAAAUUUAACUUUUUGGUAAAAACUCAACUCGUCGUGUUUGGAGGACAAAGAAUGCUGAGUUGCAUCCAAAGAACACCAUACCUACUGUGAAGCAUGGGGGUGGAAACAUCAUGCCUUGGGGCUGUUUUUCUGCAAAGGGACCAGGACGACUGAUCCGUGUAAAGGAAAUAAUGAAUAGGGCCAUGUAUCGUGAGAUUUUGAGUGAAAACCUCCUUCCAUCAACAAGGGCAUUGAAGAUGAAACGUGGCUGGGUCUUUCAGCAUGACAAUGAUCCCAAACACACCAUCCGGGCAACGAAGGUGUGGCUUCGUAAGAAGCAUUUCAAGGUCCUGGAGUGGCCUAGCCAGUGUCCAGAUCUCAACCCCAUAGAAAAUCUUUGGAGGGAGUUGAGAGUCCGUGUUGCCCAGCGACAGCCCCAAAACAUCACUGCUCUAGAGGAGAUCUGCAUGGAGGAAUGGGACAAAAUACCAGCAACAGUGUGUGAAAACCUUGUGAAGACUUACAGAAAACGUUUGACCUGUGUCAUUGCCAACAAAGGGUAUAUAACAAAGUAUUGAGAAACUUUUAUUAUUGACCAAAUACUUAUUUUCCACCAUAAUUAGCAAAUACAUUCAUUAAAAAUCCUACAAUGUGAUUUUCUGGAUUUUCUUUCCUCAUUUUGUCUGUCAUAGUUGACGUGUACCUAUGAUGAACAUUACAGGCCUCUCUCAUCUUUUUAAGUGGGAGAACUUGCACAAUUGGUGGCUGACUAAAUACUUUUUUCCCCCACUGUACAUGUGUUAAGAAAUAAAGUCUCAAACACUUGAUUUGACUGUGUUUGACAGAACAGGACCAUAUGAUCAUGUUGAUGGAGUGGACAAGAUCCAGAAGACUGAAGGCACUACAGAAGGGAAGCUACUGAAAACCUCCUGUUGCUCUGAAGUUCCCUUAUUCUGCCUUCAAUUUAAUCAUUAACCAAACUGUUUUCAUUUGACAGAGUAACCUGGGCCUACUGAGAGACAUGGCGGUUCUAAAAGCCCAGAAAGAGCAACCCAGAGAGAGGCAACUUCUUCACCUUACACAAGUGAGGCUCUUUCCACACAUACUCCUAUUUUCAGAUGGACAAAUGAAAUGACUGGGUUGCUAAUCUGUCAUUAAAAACGUAUCAGUUUAUUAAAAUAGUAAAGAUAAUGUUCCAUUUUCUCCCCAUUUAGGAAAGAGGUUGACAACAAGUUCAUGAGCAUCAUAGCCAAUGAAAUAGGCACUGAGGUAUUAGUGUCUAAUCUUCUUUACUGAAAUGCAUCUAAGUUAUAAGUAGCAUUAAAAACUGGGUGGUUCGAGCCCUGAAUGCUGAUUGGUUGAAAGCUGUGGUAUAUCAGACUGUAUACCACGGGUAUGACAAAACAUUUAUUUUUACUGCUCUAAUUACAUUGGUAACUAGUUUAUAACAGCAAUAAGGCUGAGCGGUGUUACAGGAGGGGGUCGCAGUUCCGGAGCGACCCACUAGGUGUCAUCCUCCGACAACCUUAGGCACCUCCUCACUCACAGUUGGGACUAAUCAUCAUCCUAUUGGUGUCACCUGUGUCUAUCGGUUCACCUAUGUAUUUAUGCCCUCACUUCCCUGUGUUCUUGCUCAGUUUUCUCUGCUAGUUUCUCUAUGUCCAGCAGUACUACUCAGUGUCUGAUUGGAGAUCUAUGUACAGGUACUUGAUAAGUGUUCUCCCUGUUUCGUUAUUUGUUUCAGUCUUAGGUAUUAUUUCGUAUUUUGGCUGUCUGACGGUUUUUGGAGACUUAUUUGCUCCGCCUUUCUUUUAUCGUGAUAAGUCUGUUAUUUUGUAUUUUAGCUUCGGGACCACCAGUAAAGAUCCUUGUUUCACCAUCUCUGCCUACUGCCUACUGUAUAUCCUGCACCGCACCUGGGUCACACCUCACCCCAAGCCUUACAGAUCGGGGGUUUGUGAUAUGGCCAAUAUACCACGGCUAAGGGCCGUGUCCAGGCACUCCGCGUUGCGUCGUGCUUAAGAACAGCCCUUAGCCGUGGUAUAUUGGCCAUAUACUACACCCCCUCGGGCCUUAUUGCUUAACUGUACCAUGACUGAUUAUAUUGGAAAUGUAGGUGUUCUGUUGUAUUAUGAAUACCUAAUAAACCCUCCUGUUUUUUGUCUUAUAGGAGACGUUAGUGUUCCUGACUGUUGGAGAGGAGAAGAGACCAGGUGGUUCCUGCUGGUAAGACCCAGUGGGUCGGUAAGAACUGAAAGGGCUCUGCAUUGGGAAAUCCAUGAUUGGCCCCUGUUCAGGAGCUUGGAUGUUUUGAGUUUUGACUUAUGUAAAGUGGGUUCUUGCAGUGAAUUAGUCACCAAGCCAGGGGGCACACUUUUACAAGAAAAAAAUAGAUUAUGGAAGAUUUGCUACAGCAUUUCAAAACAGAUUUCAAACUCAAACAAAUACUUUAACUGAAAUUUGUAACAACGUGGUACUGUAUCUGUGUCUGUAUUGCAGUGUGCUGGAGAUGCUCCAGGGCAAAGGGGUUGGGAAGAACUGA